AUGACAUACCGUGGAAGUAGCAGUAAUGAUAUGGGUGAUAACAGUGGAGCAUUCAUGGAGCGUCGCAAUGAUGAGCUUGUUGAGAAGCUGUCUGGAAAAGUGGCAGCGCUGAAGAAGAUAACAAUAGCGAUUGGUGACGAUGUGCGGGAGCAGAAUCGUUUGCUCGGUGAUAUGGAGGGUGAUUUUGAUGCUUCAAAAGGCCUACUCGGUUCAACGAUGCGCAAGUUAGGUCGCGUUGCCAAAGCUGGCGGCAAAAACCUCACCUGUUAUCUUGUAUUAUUUUCGCUAUUUGUUUUUUUAGUAAUUUAUUAUUUAACACGCUGA